UGUCUUUUUUCUUUGUAUUGGCCAAACAUCUGAAAUGCUGAUCAUCUUCAUCACAGAUUCGCCAUGUGGCGAAUUUUACUUCUUGGAGUUGUCACAGCACAGCAGCCGUCGGCUUCACCUACAGCUGCGGAAGUGCUAGCUCAAGCUAUAGAAGGCACGUCGGUCCAUGAAUUUCGUGGCUAUUACAAGAGAGAGCACUCGUUGACGCGACCCUAUCAAGGUGCUGGGAUGGAGAUUCCGUUUUGGAAUAUCCAGGGCAGCUCCAUGGUCACCAGUCAACAGGUACGAUUGACAGCUGACGAACAAAGUCGACAAGGUGCCAUAUGGAACAUGCAGCCUGUCUGGUCGCGAGACUGGGAGUUUCAAGUGUCCUUCAAAGUCACCGGCUCCACUGGUGACCUGUUUGGUGAUGGAUUUGCAAUCUGGUACGUGUCCGAGCCAAAUCAAAUGGGGCCAGUUUUUGGAGGGAAGGAUUACUUCCGAGGUCUAGGUGUCUUUUUGGACACUUACAGUAAUCACAAUGGACCGCAUUCCCAUGCGCAUCCGUAUAUAUCAGCUAUGGUUUCGGACGGUAGUUUGCAUUAUGACCACGAUAAAGACGGCACACACACUCAACUGGGUGGAGAGCACACUGGAUGUGAGGCGAAGUUUCGAAACAAAGAGCAUGAAACUCAAGUUCUGGUAAGAUACGUGGGAGACACUUUAUCGAUCUUCACCGAUAUAGCUGGCAAGUUUGAAUGGAAAUUGUGUUUGAGUGUCAAUAACGUCCAGCUGCCAACCGGCUACUAUUUCGGCAUAAGCGCUGCUACUGGUGAUCUUUCAGAUAAUCAUGACAUCAUCGGAGUGAAAAUGUUCGAACAAGAGUUUGCUCAUGUCGACCGUGUUGGAGAGGGUGACCGUAAAGACGUCGUUCCUCGGGCGGAGUUCUAUGCUGCUCCUCGUGACCAUGUUGAUAGCCCACCACCGUCAAAACUUGGAUGGUUUGGCACUAUAGUGUUGGUUAUCGUUGGUAUAGUUGUCGUAGUCGGAGUCCUCGGAUUUGGAAUCUAUCUUUUACUGAGCGGAUUGGGAAGCCCAAACAUGCCACAUAUGCAAAUCUACGUCGAUGAGUUGGAAAAGGCCAGAAAGGAGGUGUUCACGACGGAGGUGCAAUCUUUUCAUCUUGUUCGACACACGUUCAAGGCCAUUCAGACCAGACGUGCACACGCAGCGCGUCGCACAUCUCUUCACCUUUCCAGCAUGACCAAUGAGUGUAGAUGUAAUCGUUGGGUUGUCAGCAUUCAGAAAGCUUUCGAAAGUGAUCAGUUUGAAAACCAUUAUCGAAAGGCAAUACAAAGCAUAACACCAGAAGACUUUGGUGAUGUCGCAAAGAAACAACAUCGCGAAGAUGCGCUACAGUGCAUAAUUGGACGGCUGCUACUCAGACAUGCGACACAUUUGUUCACAGGUACGCCAUGGUCGGAAAUAGAAUUUGCACGAACGGCGAAGGGCAAACCUUAUUUGGUCAACCCUGCUAAUACCACUUUUGGAUUGAAUGUUACACAUCAGGGAGAUUAUGUAGGCUUUGCCAGCAGCUGCACUUCGAAAGUCGGCGUUGACCUAAUGCGACUUGAUAAAGAGAGAGCCGGAAAAACAGCUGAUGAGUACAUCAAUUCCAUGGCGAAGUCAGCAUCACCAGAUGAGCUGAGGACGAUGAGAGGUCAACCUACAGAGGCCAUGAAAAUGACUAUGUUCUAUCGCUACUGGUGUUUGAAAGAAGCCUACCUCAAAGCUACUGGAGAUGGCAUCCUUGACGAUCUUAGUCGCGUUAACUUUCAAGUGAAUAUGAGCGACCGUUAUAGGCCUGGUUGUUUUGUCACAUCAACCACCGUUUUAUUGGACGAGAAACUGCAGGACCAGUGGAUAUUUGAAGAAACAUUUGCUGACGCUAAUCAUGCUGCGGCUGUCUGCAAGGAAAAAGCUUUACCAAGAGGAUGCAUCUUCAGAAAGGAUCCAGAAGCGAAAAUGUUCUUCUCAAAGGUGCCAUUCGAAAGUUUGUUAGAACACGCUGUGGUGCUAAAUCCACUUCCGGGUGAUGGUCUCGAAGCCUAUGAAGAAUUCAUCAAGAAACCGAGGAAGACAUUUUAACCAUUUUUGCUGUUUUUCUUCGUUUGUCCUACUAUCAAAAAUUUUAUGUUUUAAGCAAAGCAAGCAAUGCGUAGCAAUAUCACUACAAGAUUUCACUUGAGCAUAUCGAAGUAUCAAUAAAUAUAUUGAAUGCAG